AUGGCGAGACAAGGCUGGCAUAAACGCCGACCGACAGACGGGGGCAGGCAACGGCAACUUUGGUUUAGUAAACGGAGAUGGAAUAAAUGCGUGAUGAGGCAGAGCCACGAGGCGCUGAGGCUUUUGGCGUUCACGGCACUUGCAAGUGCAUGCAGGGCAAGUCGCGGGUUCCUGUCGCUCGCGGGGCAUAGUAGCACUCAAUCAGGUAGCUCUACCGCAGCCGCUGCGACUUGCCGCGUCUGGAGCGCCAGCCCAGUGGGCAGCCACCUCUGUCACCGCGCCCACAGGCACCACCAGCACCCUACGAGUAUGCAGCAGCACCAGCGACUGCGGCGGCGGCGGGCGGGACGGAGGCCCCACUCGGAGCCUCGGCCCUCGCGAAGAAAAAAGAGCGGGGCGGCGGGACCCUCUCUCCCACCCGCGUCCCGUGGACCCUCCAUUGUGCGGGAUUGUGGUUUGUGUGUGAGUUUUUUUGGUCCACGGAGCUUGACUCCUGAAAGCCCGCUGCGGACGGGGCCUUGCUGCCCGAAACCAGAGACGGCGCGAAACCCUCGCCAACAUUUUGGAAAAGGAAAAGGCAUGGGUGCGGACAGGCAGGCAGGCACCGCUUUUUACGCUCGCGCGCGUUUCCCUGUUGAAGGGUUGAUGGGUUGA